UUUGACUACAAUACACAUUUUUCGAAUAAUUGUUUUUUAAAAAAAAAACAGAUAGAGAGAGAGAAAAAAGAAGAGAAACACAAAUAAGACGCGCGUAAAAAGGGAGGGUAAUAUCGUCAUUUACGUUGUAUUCCCAUAACGAGACAAAACAACCGGAAGUGUUCCCUCGCAUCGUAAAGCUUUCUCCUUCCUUCUUUGUACAGCUGUAAUGGCAAUAUCGUAAAUAGUAGUAACAGAAUGGGCAAUUAUUGUCAACAUUUUAUGUAAUUUAAUUUCCCCAACUCCUCAAAUUCCACCAUUUUCUUCAUCCUCUCCUCCAUAAUUGAUUUUCCUUUUUUUGUUUCUUCAACUAAAUAAAUAAAUUUUUAGAAACCAAAAAAAAUUAUAGAGAGAGAAAAAACUCAGAGGAGAGAAAGAGAAGACGACGAAGACGACAAUUUUUUUGUCAAGAGAGAGAGAGAGAGAAGACGGAGACAACAAUGGCGGAAGCGAAGGAGGAGAAUAGGGAGAAAAACGAAGAAGAAGAGAGCGUAAAGCUUUUCGUCGGACAAAUUCCGAAACAUAUGUCGGAAUCUCAACUCUUAACAUUGUUUCAAGAGUUCGCUGUCGUAGACGAGGUCAAUAUCAUCAAGGACAAGAUUACACGCGCCUCUCGAGGAUGUUGUUUUCUGCUAUGUCCAUCGAGAGAAGAAGCAGAUAAGUUGGUCAAUGCUUGCCAUAACAAGAAGACAUUGCCUGGGGCGUCCAGUCUAUUGCAAGUAAAGUAUGCAGAUGGCGAAUUGGAAAGGCUAGAGCAUAAGCUCUUUGUUGGUAUGCUUCCAAAGAAUGUCUCUGAAGCUGAAGUUCAAUCUUUAUUCUCCAAGUAUGGGACCAUAAAAGAUCUACAGAUUCUAAGAGGUGCUCAACAAACAAGCAAAGGCUGUGCUUUUCUUAAGUAUGAGACAAAAGAACAAGCUGUUUCUGCCAUGGAAUCCAUCAACGGAAAACAUAAAAUGGAGGGUUCGACUGUUCCUUUAGUUGUCAAAUGGGCAGACACAGAACGAGAAAGACACACAAGAAGACUUCAAAAGGCUCAAUCUCACAUCGCUCGAUUAUCUAACGCUGAUCCAACAAAUCCCUCAUUGUUUGGAGCAUUACCUAUGGGUUAUGUUCCACCAUAUAAUGGAUAUGGUUAUCAUCCUCCUGGAACUUAUGGUUACAUGCUACCACCAAUUCAGAACCAAGCUGCAUUUCCCAAUAUGAUUGCACAACCAAACCAAGGUAAUAACAAUGCAUUGCAAGGAACAUCGCCUGACUCUGUGCCACCUCGUUUGGCCCGUAGAAACUUUCCUAUGCCUCCUGCUAACUACAUGGGAUCUGGUUAUCCUGCUGUACGAGGUCAUCCUUUUCCAUUUGCUUAUCCCAGAGGAAUUGUGAGUCCUCGCCCUCUAAGUAGCUCUCCUGGAUCCAUAUCACCUGGCAUUGCCAACAGUGGCAUGUCAACAACACCUUUAGGAAUUGGUUUGAGUUCCGUGGUUCAAACGGAAGGUCCGGAAGGUGCAAAUCUGUUUAUCUAUAAUAUACCUCGGGAGUUUGGGGAUCAAGAACUCGCGGCUGCAUUUCAAUCUUUCGGUAUUGUUCUGAGUGCCAAGGUUUUUGUAGACAAAGCUACUGGUGUAAGCAAAUGUUUCGGUAAGCUCUCUAUUUGUCUGGUUUUUCCUCUUUUAAAACUGGUUCAUUGUGAAGGUAGAAAGAAUGCAUUCUUUUGUUGUUGCUGUUGGUUGCAGGUUUUGUUAGUUACGACUCACAAGCAGCCGCGCAGAACGCUAUUGACGUGAUGAAUGGUCGCCAUUUAGGUGGUAAGAAAUUGAAAGUCCAACUUAAGAGAGACAACAACAAUGGCCAACAGCCUUCCUUAAUCUCCUAAAAGGCUAAAACUCCUCUCUUCAACUUGAAAGUUCAUAACAGAAAAAAAAAAAACAAAAAACAUAUUCAGGCUAAUGGGUCGACCCGGUUCAAAGAUUUGGACCGAUCUUGAAUGGAUACAUCUGUGUAAAUCCAAAUCUCAUUGUGGGUCAAAAUGUCCCAUCAACUCAAUUUUUUUUUUUUUUUUCCUGCAAAUAACAAUUUGUAAUUUAUGUGUAUUAUUGAAAUUCAUGUAGAAAUUUUAUGAUUUAUUAACAUUAAAUUCAUUGAAUUUUUCUUCUA